UUAACAUGAGGCGGGCUUCCUGUGGUUCUUGGGCGCUACUAGUUUUCUGAACCUUCUUGCAUUCAAAGAUUGUCUUUUGGAGUUGUUUUGGCGUUUGAAUGAAGAAAUGAAGAAAAUGAAACUAAAACGUAACAUGGGGACGUAACAAUCUUUUAAAAAGUGACCUAAGCAAGUGAGAAGAGUCACGAAGAGUUGUCGCCGUUGACUAAAGUGGGAUGUGAUAUGGUCUGUACCCGAGUUGAUGUGUAGCCAGAUUUGGUCCCCAUCUUGAUUAUUGGAAUUAUGGCAGACAACUUUUACAAGCUUGAAGAUGAAGCUUUUCCUAGUUUUCUCUACAAGUCCCUAGACAGCACCAGUGGUCGGGCCACAUUGGAAAAUGUGACCCUCGGAUCAGGCCCAGGACUGCCAGUGGCUGCUUCUACUGUCGCUAAAAUUAGACCUGCUUUUGACAACAGACGAGAUCUUGUGGAGGCUUCAUAUCUGGAAGGCAAGGAGCUGGACCAGGCCAGUGCGCGUUCAUCUGUCGAACAGACCAAAUUCUCCCUUAAUUUUAAAGAUGACCUGGACAAUGCUGAUGACUUCAUUGCUGCCCAUCGGAUGUCAGACAUGUUGGUAAAAAUAAAUUUGGAUGAGAGCGCAUCCAGGAACCAGGCCUCCCUCUUGGGACCUCUGCCUACAGAUAUGGGUUCAGUUCACGGUCGGAUCACGGAGCUAGCAACAGAUCUAUCAUCAGGGCUUCUUACAUUUACACACAGUGGACGGAGAGGUAGUACAGAUGCAAAGAUUGGGCCUUUACAUACAGCAGUGAAGGAGAACAAGAUGCAGAGUGAGGGAGUAGACAGUGACCAUUUCAGUGGAAGCAACUCAAGCUUUUUGGCAAAUGAAAAGCUGAUGUCUGUGGAUAGUUUGAACAGCGAUCUCACAGAUGAUGACAUUGAUUUGAACAACUUGCCAGAGGAUGAACUGGAUCAGUACUUCAAUAAAUUAGUUCCUCCAGACAUGCAAAGAGGCAGAGUGGAAGGUCAAGAGAUUCCUGCUACUGAUUCACCUGAUAUCGGAGAUGAGUUGUCAAAACCAGGUUCCACUGAACCUGAUCAUUACAGACAGCAGUUCUUGGAUGACUACCAACAGGAUCAUUUCCAGAUGCCUGAUGUGCGUCUGGCUGCGACUGGGAUGGACUCCUGUCCGGCCAGUGAUGAGGACACAGAAGACGAACUUGAGGCUGCCCGGAGGAAAGACAACACCCGGACAAGACUGUUGCCAAGCACAUCACGACAACUGGUUGGAGAGAGUCACCAUCCAAGUUUUAGGCCUGGUUUAGAAGGUGGUAGCUCGGAUGAUGAUGAGUCCAGCAGUCGAGGAGAUCCAUCAGCGUCUGGGCUUGAGCACAGGAGAUCAGCAGAAGGACAAGUCAUUAAUCCUCCUAUUACUGGGGAUGGUGGAGGUGGUGAUGGCAGCAGUGGCAGUGAGGAAAGUGGAAAUGAUGGAGGAGUUUCAACAAUGCCUUUACCAGCAGCUGCCGUUCAAACCACAUAUGAUGCAUUCCGGGGGCUGGGCAUCGUGGGGGAAGAUCAGGCCAGUGACCUGAGUGAUCUGCAUGGGCUUAUGGGUGAUCGCGUUGGUCCUGUAGGAACAGGAGAGGCUUGUUCUUCAGACAGGGCCUCAACGAUUGCUCAGAGAGUGGCUCCUGUCACCUGGAGCAUGACUGUAGAUCGACAGGAGGCGUUGGAUGCAAUGGAACACACCGAUAGUGGCCCUACUGUGGAGCAUCUCUUGGACUCUCUUUAUUUUGGAGGACCUGGAUCCAGGGGGUUUCAAGACUCAAAUCUGCAAGGGAUCCCAGGGAGCUUUAACUUAUCCCAGGUGGGCUUUCCUGAGAGUGACCAGGACUCAGAUGAGGGCAUAGAUGAGCCUGAUGGGUGCAGACAGUCUUUGGGUCAAAGAGGAGGGCCCUGUGGUAAUGCAUCCACAGCAGAGCCCCCAGACAGUGCCAGUGAGGAUGAGCACAUCCCCCUCUCCACCUCCCUCGAGCCCAAGUACUUCACCCAGAGUCUGCAUCAGGACGAUUCGGAUGACAGCUGGACCAACUGUCCUGAAAAUGUGGAACUGGAGUUGCAGCAGGGGGCCAAAAAUGCCAAUAGUGUGGUGUAUCAAAAUGAACAAGGCCAGUGGGUCACUGAUCUUGCCUAUUACUCAUCCUUUGAAAAGGAGGUUGGCAACCAGGCACCAGUAAACUUUCAGGAGUUUCAAAAUGAAUCUUUUGUGGCUCCAGGUGAUGCUUUAGAAAAAAUUGCCAAGGACCAAGAGGAAUUUGAGAAAGAGCACCAAUUCAUGCAGGAGGAGAAGAUUGAUCCUGCUCCGGCUAACACCACCUUUCUGAGUGACUCCUCGUGGAAGCUUCCCAGCAGCAGCUACGUCCUCAUGAGGGCCUCCCAGGUGUCAGACUUCUCUCAGGCCGAUCAGAGCUACCUCCGCCUGUCUUUGGGUCAGUUCUUUGGACAACGCUCCGAAGCCCUGGGACGUUUGGGCCAAAGAGAAAGUGUGGAUGAAAUUAAACGGCCCUCUUUUGGCUACGUCAUCACUUCGCCAGAAAAGAGGGAACCAUUUGCACUGAUUCCUCCUUCAGAGAUGUCACACACCACUCAUCAUAAUGGAACAAUUGAUCUUGAGGCAGACAAAACCCUCAACCCAGAAGACCUGGAUAAAACCAUAGAAGCUCCAAAAGAGACAGUCGAAUCAGAAACUUGCAGGCAACGGGAAAUACUUGCUGUUACUUCCAACCACAGUGAGGACUUGGACUCUAAUCUGGGAAAUCAAAGCUGUCUUUCCCCUGACAGUAACAGUAGUAACCUGAUGCUCAGUAUCAGUACUAUAGCCUCAGCCAUUGCAGAUGCCUCCAUCAGCACAGACCCCUCUCAGUUAGCUGCUAUGAUCAUGGAGCUGUCUAAGAGGGGCAAAAACCGGCCUGAAGCCAAACCUGCUGGGACAAACACGGCUCAACAUUCAAAAUCAGAGGAACAUACUCUCCCUGUCGAGGAGCAGAGCAUUAUGAUGGAGACACUGCAGAAAAGUGCCUUUGACAUGGACAAAUAUCUAAAGAAGAGCGAUCUCUCUGGUUAUAGUGAAGCUUCUCUUGGACAAACCACGUUUGACUUGACUGCUUGGGCUGACAACAUCAGCGCUUCUCUCACUGCUCAGAAGGAUUCACCUGAUCAGCGGGACCCAAUUGCUCAAAUGAAUCUCUCUACCGCUGACAUUGCAAAAGCCAGUACAACAACAAAUGGUGACUUAAAGCGUAGCUCAGUUUCUUGCCCUCGUGCGUCUUAUAGCUCACAAGCAAGAUACUAUACUAUAAGCUCUGGACAGUCUUCCACACUAAACACAGAAGUGACAGAUGUAGCGACUAAAGAUAAACAAUUAAAUGACCAUGGAGGCAAAAUGGUAGCACAAGCAGUAGCUAGUAUCCCCAGAUUAUCUGUGGAAAAACCACAAAACAAGCAAAAAAGCCCCGCAUGUUCUCCUGCUCGCUCUCCUGAUGUACCCAGAUCUGCAUCAGGUUGGAGAAAGGCUCCUACAGGCCAGCCCAAUAUGAAUGGUGCUUCAUCAGUACAGAAUUCAAAAAGUGUAGAACAGGAACUGCCGGGUGGGCCAAGAAGCUGUCUCCCACUUCGAAGUGCUAUGGCUGCCCCCCUUCACUCAAAUGUAGAAAAACAUGUUGGCUUUACCUGUCCAAGCUCUGAAAGCUCCACAUCAGAUAAAUUUAAAAGCCAAGAGCCAUUAGCAGAUGAAACUCACUACAACUUCAGGCCUUCUACCUCACCUCUUACACACUCCUCUCCAAGUCAAAUCUCAUUCCCCAGUGCUGAAAGUAUGACAUCACCAUCAUCAUCCAGAGGAGGGCACUGUGACAAACGUCCGGACUACUCACCUCAGUCCAUCUGCUCCAGCCCUGGCAUCAGCAGGCUCACCUACAUUUCAAUAAACGAUGCCACUUUGAUACCCUCACCAGAGAAACAAAAAUAUGAAAAUGAUAAGAAUGACCGCACGAUGUCAUUGAGUACGACCAUCAUCCGAUUCAGCCCCACCCCUCCUGUAGAACCUGAUCUCCAGUCGAGCAUGGAUAACCUGGGUUUGGCCAAAAAUCUGGACCAAGCACAACCACAUUCAAAGAGCCUGGAUCCACUCCCCCCUCAGAUCUCUAAAAGUCCUUGUGGCUCCCGUAGUGGCUCUGUUCUUGGUUGCAGUCGGACUCAGAGUGAAUGCAACUAUCAGUGCAGUGUAGAGGAUAAAGCUGGGAAUCAGAAACUCCUCACUGACUCCAGCGUAAGGCAGCUCACGAAAGUCGACUCUGGCUACUGUAGUAAUUUGAACCUUCAGCAUUCUAGCUGCACUGCAGUACAUCAGGGCUCCUCGCAACCGUGGGGGCCACCUUGUUCUAUCUCAUCAUCUAUGUAUGGGUCCAACUAUGUACCUAUUCCAAGCUUUAAACCACAGUGUUCUGGUCUGGUAGACCUCCCAUCACAAGGGGAUCUGCAGUCAUUGCUCACUGGUCGCUCCCUUUUUAUGUCACAACUACCUCAGCGGUACUUGGGGCCUGAGGCGGCUCUGCAUCCCAGUGUUUAUCAUUUGAAGACAGGAAACGACUUGUACGGUGUUCCUCCUUCAGGGAUUCCCAACAGUGAUCUAACUGUGAGGCCGGGCCAUUCGGUUCCUGCUCCUCUGGGACUUUCUGGAGCAGCGGGAGGAGAGCAUUUGUUAAGACCUCUCCAGAGUCAGCAAGAUUUGGGAUUGAUGGGGAAGCCGUACGGGCAGUUUGGGACUGAGCCUUUGGUUGGAGGCCUUGAGGAUCUUAGAGGUCAAGUGGUGGUUCCAGAAGAGCUUCGGUUUCCUAAUGCCUGUUGUGUGGGCAUUGCCUCUCAAACAUCUCUCAGUCUCUUUAACCCAUCUGAAAGGUGGCAACAAGUGUCUAUCACCCUCACUAGCCUCUCCAUUGAUGGGGAAAAGGUGGAUGCCUUGCCUUACCAGUGGCUUAUUGUGAAGAAUAAGACUAUCAUUGGUCCCAAGACUACAGAGGACCAGAAAGUGCUGUUCAUUCCUCCUCAACCCGGGGUUUAUCAGUGUGUCCUCAGUGUGUGCUCCUGGCCUGCCUCUGCAGAACCAGAGAUGGCUGCUAGAGCUAAAUUAUUUGCUAAAAGGGUGGUGCUUGUGGCUAUAGCUGAGAAUCCUGCUAUAGAGGUUGAACUGGGUAAGUCUGCGUGCUUGGACUUUGGGGACCUGCCAGUUGGAGGAGCCAAAUCCCUUGCUCUCAAACUGCUGAACAGGACCCAUGCCACAGUUCCCAUCCGUUUGGUCCUCAGUGCUAACGCCACAGCCUGGCGAUGC